CGUUUUCAAGUCAUGUGACUUGAACACUGCUGGCACGACUUCAUCUCUAGAGGGCGGCCUUCUAAAAAAACAAGCGCACGUGCACAAAAUCUGGCUGUUGCUGUUCGAUCGUGAAAGUGAUCGUGACUGCUUUAGUGCAACAAGCGGGGGAGCUCAUCUCACUUAGAGCCCGGCACUAGGAUCCAGGUACGAUUUAGCAUGGAGAUGAAGCAGGAGAUGGACUGUCCUGAAGAAGAAGAGAAUGGCCACAGAGCGUUAAUUAUCGAACCAUUCUACGGAGGAUCGCACAAACAGUUGAUCGAUGUACUGAUGGAGAGGGUGCCCUCCUGCGUGAAGUAUACACUGCCUGCCAAGAAAUGGCACUGGAAGGCGAGGACGUCUGCUCUCCAUUUUGCGCAGAUUGUGCCGAGAAAUCAAUCUUAUAAGGUUCUUUUUGCAAGUAGCGUCUUGAAUCUUGCCGAGUUGGUGGCCCUUAGGGCGGAUCUUGCCGGUGUUCAUAAAGUCUUGUACUUCCAUGAGAAUCAGCUGAUUUAUCCCAUCAGGAAACAACAGGAUCGGGACUUCCAGUUUGGCUACAAUCAGAUCAUAUCAUGUCUUGUUGCAGACACGGUUCUCUUCAAUUCUCGCUACAACAUGGAAUCCUUCUUAUCAUCCAUUGAAUCCUUCCUUGGUGUGAUCCCGGUACCAGACUAUAGGUUAAAGGGCACUGCUUCCCAGAUCCGACCCAAGUGCAGAGUCUUGUACUUUCCUCUUGAGCUACCAAGUUUGGAGAAUCUUUCUUGUAAUCACGUUGGAGGAUGUAGACAAAGUUCAGUCCUCGGCUCGAAUGAUUCAAAGAUUGGUGAGGACCCAACUAGGGCCAGCGAUUCCUCCUCAUCUGGAAGACUCUCCGAAGAUUGUCUAAGAACUGGCGAGAUGGUAAGCCAUGAUGCAGGGUCUGGCGACGACGAGUCUAAGACACAAUCUUCAAGGGAUGAUUUAGAAAAUGUCUCACUGAAGUUGCUUGAUAAGAGUAGUCAGGCUGGAAUGGAUGGCUCCGAGGGCAAAGAUGGAGACAGUCACUCUAAGGAGGCGAAUGAGCAAACUGGUGACUGCAAUCGUCAUGUAUCACCAGGAGAGGGAUGUCCUGAUCUGAAGUCGACGUCUCAGCAUCCUCUUCACAUACUAUGGGCUCACAGAUGGGAACACGACAAAAACCCUGACCUAUUUUUCCACACCGUGAUGAAACUCCACGACUUGGGCCUGGAUUUCAGACUCUCCGUGCUGGGAGAAAAAUUCUCUGAAGUACCCGACGUCUUUAGUGAAACUCAGCCCAAGCUCAUGGACCACAUCAUCAACUGGGGUUAUCUCCCCAGCAAGGUGGAGUAUUACAAAGUGCUACUGGCUGCUGAUGUUGCUGUGUCGACGGCAAACCACGAGUUCUUUGGAGUUGCAAUGUUGGAAGCAGUGCAUUGUGGGUGCUAUCCACUCUGCCCGAAUCGACUAGUGUACCCAGAAAUAUUUCCACAGGAAUACCUGUACUCUACACCACAACAGCUGUUCAAAAGACUGAGGGAGUUUUGUAGACACCCUCAUCUUAUAAGAAAACAUAUUCUCAAGUGCGAUAUCUCAAAGUUUAGCUGGGAGAAAUUAAGAUGCGAUUACCUGUCACUAUUGGACCCAACGUCAUUGAUCAACCGAGAAGAAACUCCCCACAGUGAAGUGGCAACAGCGGCUAUCCCCUCCGAAGCAGCUCAAGUUUCAUCUCUAUCACUCAGCUGACAAUAAAACUCAAAGAAAAAGGGUGGCACAUCAACCCCCCCCCCCCCCCCCC